AUGGGAGCCGUCGCCGCCGCUUCGCUUCCCCUUACACUUCUUCUGGGACUUUUGCCCGCUGCUUCAGGGCUGAGGCUCCUCGAAGACCCGCCAGUUUUCAAUUGUUCCCAGCCGGUAAGUCUCUCGGGGCCAAAGUUCAUUUUUCCGGCUCUUUCGAAAGCGGCGUCGUAGUUAACUCGAGGCUGCGGAUGCGGAAGUUCUCGGUUCGGGUUCUUGCUACUUGUCAGGAACUCAGGAGGUUGCUUUUGACAAGCCCGUCUCUCACUCCGAGCCGUCGCCAGUUUGUUAAUGUAAAGGUUGCUGUAUUGACCUACUUCGCAGGGCUGUUCCGAGGAUUGCCUGCCCGCGCCUUCAUUCUCUCCCUCCCCGCUUCUCUGUUCUUUGUGUUUAUUUAGUUAAGGACCUGCCUUUGUAAAGUUCCAGAUACCUGGAUGGUGCUGUAGAAACAAAUUAUUCCGAAUAAUAAUGUGUGUGUCCCUCCAUGUGUUGUUGGACUUAGCUCCCAGCAGCCUUAGCCAUGACUGCAGGUUCCCCACCUCUGUGAGAUGAGCAAAGUAAAACGGGUUGUUUUUUUUCGAAAAUUGUGGUGGUGUUUGUACAUUUUUUUCCGUGCAUGGUACUACUGAGCCAGUGUGGUGUAGUGGUUAAGAGCGGUAGUCUCGCAAUCUGGGGAACCGGGUUCGCGUCUCCGCUCCUCCACAUGCAGCUGCUGGGUGACCUUGGGCUAGUCACACUUCUUUGAAGUCUCUCAGCCCCACUCACCUCCCAGAGUGUUUGUUGUGGGGGAGGAAGGGAAAGGAGAAUGUUAGCCGCUUUGAGACUCCUUAAAGGGAGUGAAAAGCGGGAUAUCAAAUCCGAAUUCUUCUUCUUCUUCUUCUACUGUAUCUGUUUAGGAAAGAAUAUCUAGCCUUAGUUGGUCCACAGAUCAAUGGCUUAAAUAAAGAGCUUCUCUGGAGGAAUUACAGGUGUCUAAAAUCAAAGCAUUGAGUGUGCUGCGAUGGCAACAUUAUCUUCCUGAAGUAGUAUUUGUAUUUUAAUUUACCUCUGCAAGUGAUCUCUGACUAAAGGAUUGUGUACUCUUUUACCAAUAGUGAUAAUUCAGUCAGAAACUUCCAUGCUUCACUUUUCAUUAAAGCCCUAUUCUAUGUGUGUGUGUGAAAGAUUAAUGCUGUAUUAGCAUUCUUUUCUUUAUUAGCAUACAUUUGUGUACAGUCAUGCAUGCUUCAACAACACUGAACAUGGUUAACCUUCUGGUAACUGAUGAGCAACCAGCCUUCCUCCCAACUUUGAACCUGGGAAAUUUGGUGGAAACAUCUCUUCAGUUGCAUAGUGAUUCUCACCACCUCCUAAGCUUUGCAGAUAGGAGAAAGAAUAGGGACUGUUUGGCACCUGCAUGGCCAAAAUGCCUUGAGGGUCUUGCCUAUGCAAGGCCAAACUAGUAAGACCCUGCACCACCACGGCUUAUCUCUUCCUCUACCACCAACCAGGUUUCCCGGUAAUAUAUUCAGACUCAGUCAGGCUGUAAUGUAUUAACAAAGAUUCUAGUUAAUUGUGAACGCAAACAAGCUUUAAAUACUUUGAAACACUGUAAUCCGAUUCAUUUUCUGCUCCCCUCUGUCUAUAACUCACUCUGACUCCUAUGCCUGCCACCCACAAGAAACCAACCCAACUAACUGCCAAAACCCCUGUGCUGAGCCUUAAACACAGUUAGGCUCCGUCCCUGGGCUUUCUUUUUAGUCAGCCUCUUAACCCUUUCUCUCCCCCGCCCCAGUACGACAUCUCCAUAAUGAGUGGGCAAACGCCACACACCCCUUCUAGCUUUUCCUGCCUUUAAGCAGCAGCAGCAGUCUGUUUCCUUGGUAAAGACUUGGAAGGUUUGCCCAGAGAGAAGUGAAUAGGCAACUAUGGUACUUACUUACUUUAGCUCAGCCAGCAAGACUCAUAAAAAAUUGUAGAACCCUGCUUGUAUAUAUGACACUGUACCAAUACAAGGGCUGCCUACUCCUAUUGAUGUUGACUGAAGUCUUACUCAGUGUUGCUAGUCUUCCCACCAUCCUUUUGCCAUCUCCUUUCCCACAUCUCCUGCAGUGAACAACAUUAACAGUGGUAGAGCAGGUCUCUAAUGCCUUUACUAUCCUACAUUGUUAAUUGCCCUCCUUAGUAGACACAUGCUUAACUUAAACACAUUCUAAGAGUCUCCAGUAUUAGGAUCUUUAGACAAUUUGCUCUGAUAUAGCUGGCUCUUUUACAUACUUCUUCAGAAGUUUUAAAAAAAUCAUAGGUCUACCAGCUUCUCUUUAUCUGUCACUGGCACAAAAGCAGCAGCUUGUGAAAUCUUUUAUAAGGUCGGAAGUUACCAAACAGGCUGUUUAUCAGAAAUUUUAUUUUUCAUAACUCUUGCGGAAACCACAGCUGAUGAUACAAGUGGCUUAAGCCAAGCCAAGCAAAUUUCAGAAGCUUCCCUUGGUUACAGAUUGGAGAAGCUGAGGCAAUGUUCAAUAAGUAUUUGUCAACUGAGAAGUGUAACAUUUCAGUAAACACCUGAACAUGCUCUACCAAAAACUGUACCGUGGUACUUCGGGUUACAGACACUUCAGGUUACAGACUCCACUAACCCAGAAAUAGUACUUUGGGUUAAGAACUUUGCUUCAGGAUGAGAACAGAAAUCGUGCAGCAGUGGGAGGCCCCAUUAGCUAAAGUGGUACCUCAGGUUAAGAACAGUUUCAGGUUAAGAACGGACCUCCAGAACGAAUUAAGCUCUUAACCUGAGGUACCACUGUACUUUAUGAUAGAAGUGGAUAACCUGUUGCCUGUUGCCCUUUGGAUGUUGUUUGAUUAGAACUCGCAUCAUACCAGACCACUGGAGUGCUAAGGAUGGGGCACUAAGGCUGAGAGAGAGUAGCUUACUAAGGACACCUAGCGUGUUCAUGGCUGAGGUGAUACUUGAACUAGGGAGUUUCCAGCACGCCAUCUUAGCCACUCUGCUAUGUUAGAUAUCUUGCUCAUUUCACCCUCCUACUUUUUCAUUUUCUGAUGAGAAAUUCUCCUUCUACGUAGCUUUAUAUGCUACAGAUGAUUUGGCUAUAGGGAAUCCAUUCUGUGCGUAGAUGACACUUUUUGAAAACAAUACAGUCAUACAGUUCUGUGAGUCAUCACUUAAUAUCAUUAUAUCAAUUUUUUAAAAAAAUAUUUGUGGUUUAUGGAGCUUGUUCUGAUCGUUCUCACAGAUUAGAGAUGAUGCAUACUUUUAUUUUUAACCAUACUGCUAUGCGGCAGAUUAGCCUAACUUCUUAAUGGUAGUGAACAAACAUCUGGUAAUAUUUCCUUCAAGUGUGUUCAGUCAAGAAGUACUGAAAGGAAUAUGAGCUACACAAUACCAUGUCCACAGUUAUUACUUCUAUCAUUUCAGUGUAUUGACCCUUUAUCCUUGUUGUGAUGCAUGGUUAAAAUAAAUAGUCUGGAUAAGGUAAAAACAUUUGUAUCUUAGGUGUUAGAAAGGUUCUUGUUCAGUUAUUUUUGAAUAUAAUAUCACAGUGAAUCCUACCACUAGUGCUGGUGGGUUAUCUUUGUCAACAGUAUCCUCCUAGUUACCAACCUGACAAACUGUUUAAUAUUGGCUAUGGUUUGUUUGAAACAAGGCAACUUCAAACCAUGGGUUAUAAUUGUGGGAUGUGAAGUUGACUUUUUUCAACAAACUGAUGUUAAGAUUAGCCACAUUCUUAGGGCUCAGAUGACACACAAAACUGUGGUUAGUCAAAAAUGGAAGUGAACACCUCCAAACUCCUUGUGGCCACACCAGAGAAAAAGAGGUGGGACAUGCAAGCACAGAGGGGGUGCUAAAUUAAUUCCCUGUGUUUUAAACCAUGGCUAAUUAUGACUUCCAAACACAGCCUUUGACUGUAGUACCCUCUUUAAUUAUUAGGUUGCUAUGUUGUUCCAUGUCUUGUAUGACCAUAUUUGGGUGAAUAGUCAUGUUAUGUUCUCAAACAAGAGACCUUUUUUUAAAAAAAAUAAUAAUUAUUGAACGAUUUUAACAAACAAUUAUCCAUCAAUCAGUAUAACCAUUUACAUUCCCCCCCCUUUUUCUUCUCCCUCCCUCUCCCCCCCCCCCCGCCCCCCCUCAGAACUUCCCUUAGUUCCCCUCUCUGGUUUCUUUGCACAUAUUAUUCUCUGCAUGUUAUAAAAUUGUACAUAUCAUUGCCUUAUCUCUCAUGUAUUCAACUAAUAAAUUUGUGGAUGUUUAUUCAAAACCUGCCAAGGAGUCCAAAUCAUUUUGUUGUCUUUUUAAAUAAUUUGUAAAAAGUUCCCAUUCUUCUUUGAACUCACAAUUGUCCUUGUCACGCAGUUUAUAUGUCAAUUUGGCCAAUUUCGCAUAGCUCAUCAGUUUUUCUUGCCACUGUUCUUUCGUUGGGAUUUCUCAAACAAGAGAUCUUGAUGUACAGUACUUGGUCUAUGUUCAGAGAGUGCCUAGUUUAUUGGUUGUUAAGGAGAACCAGCCUGAUUAAAGCAGAUGGUAGUAUUUUUUAAACAAUUGAUCACUGUUUACACACAAGGGUAUAUUAAACAGUAGAGUUUAAAUUCACUAGCACUAGUCAUAUAAUCCAAGUGCAGAAGUCAUGGCUGUUAACCAAAGCAAACUUUUAGAUCAGUCAUGUUAUAUAUGAACUACGGUAGUUGUCUGGUUGGUUGGUUGGUUAAAAAACAACUGUUAGCACCGUAAAUACUUAAACGCAUUCCCACCAUAUCAUUGAUUGGUUUAACCAAACUGAAUUCUAACUAUAAAUGAUCUUUCGCUUUUUGCACCUGGCUUCAUCAGGCUCUGAGAAUAGGAAUUGUUCCUCUCAAUUAAUAUGUUUGUGUUCUCUCUUGCAGGGUUUAAAUUGCCUUGUGCGAAACAGUAAGUAUGUUGGUUAUCUUUUUUUAAAAGUCUUUUUAGAUGGUUUGUGCUUCAAUAGUAUGGGAGGAUGCAAGUAAGGCCAAAGUGUUGGUAUCAUCCAAACAAAAUCAGUGGCCACAUCAAAAAUGGUCCUUAAGUUUAUUUUUGUUUAACUGGCAGGUACUUGCAUGGAUCAGAGCUGGCUCAGGGCUUCACAGUUGACUCCAUCAGCCCCAAGUUCCCUUGCUGUUCAUAUUGAUACUUUCUUGGAUAAUGAGGAAAAACUGCUCCCUGUGCUGAAGAUAGACUGGAAGGUGGCUACUGAUGGUAAGCAAAGGGCAAUUUAAUAUAGACUUGAGUGGGCUGGCAUUUAAUGGUAAAUUGGGUUCUGUAGCAUGUAGCAUCUGUUUGGCCCAGCAGUAGUACCCAGAGCUGCCAUUUAAAAGUUUUUGUGGAUGACUUGACCAUUGCAUGAUUCCAUGAUGAAGAACUUAGGUGACUGUGCAGAGUGCAGGCUCUUACAAGCACGAUAGAGGAAGCAAACCUUGGCACAUGCUGGCUAUCUGAAUUAGCAGGAGUCACACUCAGUGUCUAGGUGGGAAGAGCUACAGAAAAAUGCAAAUAAUUGACUAUACAGCUUAAUUUGUCAACUGCCAAUAAUUGUAACAUUCCCCCUCUCUCUACACACACACACACACACACACACAAAUGUAUCAGAAAAAAGUAAAGUAUCAGCUGUUGGGAGAGGUAAAGCCUAUAUCUCAUUUUUACUAUAACCAUUUUACUCUCUGUAGUUAUUCCAUCUUGAUGAUUCAAGUGGCACUGUUUUGUUUGUGUUUUGGAAUAAUACAUUUAUUCCCAAAAUCUCCAGAUAUCACACCUGCAUAGUAACACAUGGUUACAUGCAUGUUAAAGUGUAAUAUAUGUUUUGGGACACAGAUAGACUUGAAUUCCUCCCUUGGACACCUUUUCAGAAACAGAAAAUGUAAGAAAUUCAGAGCAGAUUGACUGUUAAAGUGGUGGUAUUUCACUUCAGGCAGGGAAGGCAGUAGUACAGUUGUAGUAUUCAUGGACCCUGUCGAUUACUUUAAACACUGGAAUUUGCAGGAUAAAUUGAGUCCUGAGUGCUGAAAGUAUAAAAAGAUAGAUUGGAAAGCUAAUGAAGUUGCCUUAUACAGAAUCAAACCAUUGAUCCAUAUUGAUCAAUAUUGUCUACUCUGCCUGUUGACAGUUCAAUCUCUGGUGAGGUAUUCCUCACCUGAGAUCUCUAACUGGAGAAAACAGAUUAAACCAAAGACCUUCUGCAUGCUAAUCAUAUUCUCUGUCACUGAGCUGCGACUCGUCUGUUUCCCCUCCAAUAAAUAAACUAUUCCUUAGUGCAUCUUCUACAGGCUGAUGUAGUCAUAUUAAGAAAAGCCUGGGCCUGCCCCUUCAUUUCUUUUUCUAAGCCAGGAUUGACUUUUUCCACCUCUGCAGUCAGAUGCUCAGGCUGCAGUAUGAACAUUUAUUUUCCUCUAGAGGUCACAAACAGAAAUAAGUUGUUUCCUUACAAAUCCUCCUCUUUUUCUUCCCUCCCACCUCGGCCAUACACCAACCAGGAAGUGUUCAGAACCUCAGAGGGGCAGAAUUGGCUGUGCUUCAGGUGAGCACUAACCAGCAGGUCUGUGCUCAGUUCGAUCUUCAGAACAACUUGUUGGAACAAGUCCGUCCAAAUGGUGGAGGUCGGGUAAGUGAUCAUGGAGGUAUUACAAAUGUUCUGCUUCUUUUCCUCUUCUCAGAAUCUCUUGGCUUGUUGUCUGCAGAAGAUAUAACAUUCCCAAAGCAACAGAGCAGCUUUGUGCUUAAGAACAGCCUUGUAGUGUAAGAAUAUGCCCAGUUGCCUGCAGCAAAUAAAAAUGACUCCUACACAGCCCCUGCUGCGUGUGCAUUACCUGGACAGAAGCCACGAGGAUCCACUCUGUUUCUCACCUGGGGAAGUGCAGUGGAGCAGUAUGAUUUUUCUCUGUCCCUGAACUAAAAUGUGUGUGUGUGAGAGAGAGAGAGACGAGAUGGAGAGGGAGAGCUGAGACUGAGAGCACCCACAGCAUAAAACAGGAGAGAGAAGGAGUAUCAUGACUGGCUACUGCCAAAGUAAGAAGAGUUGCUGCUCCCAACUCCUUUGCUUUUUCUGUUGGUAACAGAAGCCAUCUGAAAUUGCUCAACGAGAGAAAGCAGCAAUAUUUAAAUUUUGUAAAACCCAGAAGGCAGUGGAGAGUAAGAUGUAUAACAUUUGCUGCUGACAUUUCUGCUGCUUUGGCAGGUCUGUAACAUUGACUGCCUGUAAACAUUGUUGUUUUAUCUGAGUGAGUGGGACCAGAGGUUGGAAAAACUGCAGGGGAAAAGGGAAGGGGGCACCGCAGGUUUUGUCUGCCCCAGUGGAUGCAUGCACUAUCAGCUCUCUUGGACAUAACCCACUGCUUUUGUCACCCUAUAGCCCCUGUCUCUCUGGCCUCCCCCCUGCCAGUUUAUUCACUACCUUAUAGCAGGAGUGGAGAGGGGGGACACUAGCAGAACAUGAAGAAGAGGACAACCAUUCUAAAAUGUAUUUCUAAGGCUGCUAUUAAAAAUGUUCAUUUAGUGCCAGCAGCCCUGCCUGCAAGACUUCAAAAGUACAUCCCUCCUUUAUCAGAAAGCAGAGUAGGCAGAAGAGUGCCCCAAAUGAUACUCUGUUGACCUAACAAGGCUAUACAAUUCUAGAAGGCAUUUGGAGGAGAGGAAGGAGUGAGUUCUUCCAUCCACAAGGAGCAAAGUAAUGAACAAUUCAGAGGUAGAGAAAUGGUUUCAUGGGUUUGAGACUAGUUGAUUGGACUUGAACAAAGUAAUCACUCUGCCUUGAUGUCCAGAUCUCCCCUCUCUCCCUCCAUCCCUCCUGUAUCAUGCCUGUGGAUUUUGUAUUAUUUAUUUCAUUUUUCUACUAUAACUCCAGUGUUGCAGUUCCGUGCAAUCUUGGUUUUUAACUUCAGCACACUGGUAUUGGUUGACAGAUCUUUCCUCUUUUUGUUGUUUCAGUGGAGUUUCUCUUUCAAUCGUUUUGAGGUAGAACCAGGUCAAACAUACCAAGUAACUGUUCAUCACUUGCCCAAAUUAAGUACUCCAGGAGACUAUAAUCGGAAAUCUGUGUCAUUCACAGUACCAGGUAAAGGACCCUCUUUAUAAUGGUAAUGAUGGGAUUUAGUAUUGGGCUUAUCAUGUAGUAAAAUCAUGUUGCUAGACUAGGGAUGGAUAGAAGAACUAUUUUCCAUUCACUCUCUUUUGCAUAUAAUGAAUUGUAGGUCCAUUCAAUUUUUUGCAGUUGAUUUUUUUUAAAUGUAUGAAAACUUUGAAUUUAAAUUGGAGGAAUUUUAUACACAUUCUUCCCACAAAACAUGCAUGUUUUUGCUUUUUGGUGCAUUUUAUAGGAAAACACACAUUUUGUACAUAUUCUUUACCAUAAAGUAUGCAUUCUUUACUUUCUUGAACCACAAGGUUCAUUUUUGCAUCACAAAAUUAGGAAUAGUGCAUCCAAUUCAUAUAUAAGUCUGGGACCAGUGAAUUAAAUCAGGUUCACUUUAAAAUGCAGAUCAAAUGAAUUCCUCCAUCACGAGGCAGGACUGGGUUCAGAUGCAGAUGUGACUUUGUGGUGCUGCUGAUACGGAUAUUAUAGUGCCAUACAAAAAGUUUUUUAAAGUGACUGGCCCUACCUGCAGGUUUCCAGUCUCUAUAUAAAGAAAAAUAAGAAAUGGAAAGAAGACUAAAGCAAGAAUAGCCAAUGUGGUGCGCUGGGACGCUUUGGAGUACAAUUCCCACCCCAAGCCAGCAUGGCCAAUGGUCAGGGAGAUGGGAAUUGUAGUCUACAGUAUCUGGAGGGCACCCUCUCUGGAGGGGCUGGAGGAAAGACCUACUAAGAUGGGAGGGCCUAGGCAUUUUAUAGAACUUAUUGCAUACAGGAGGCAGUGUGACCAAAUGUCAGAUGGGAGAGAAUUUCAAAGAAAAGGAACUGAAAGGGUAAAAACAGGAAAUAGGUGAAGAAAUUCUGGGCUUGCAAAAUAACAUAGACCCAGCAGAAAGAAACUGAUGCAAGUGGUGUGAACAAAAAAAAAAGAGAUGGAAGAUAAACAGGAACUAUAAUGGGCAAAUAUUGGCAAAUCAGUUUUGAAGAACUUAAAAGGAACACACGCAUAAGAAUAAUAAUGGUGAUGCUGUUGCUGCUGUUGAUUUGCAGUUUGGAAAAUUGAGCACACAUAUAAAGGUAGACCACAGAAAAACAACUAAAUCAUAUAAAUAAGCUGUGUGUUGCAUUGUAAGCCUGGAGGGGUGUGUUUACAUGAAUUGUAGUAUCUAAAGAACAUGAUCUUUAUAUUCAUUACCAGUGUAGUAUUUUCUAAACAAUGUAGUGUUUAACCUCAGUAGCCCAGUGAUCAAAACAUAAUUAACAUUCUUUAGGCUGUCUACAAACUCAAGUGGUCAGCACUACUUGUUGCUGUUUUUCAACUAGACUCUGACCUUGGUUUCAUAAUGUAGGCUGGACUUUUAUUUCCCCCAAAAUUUUCUCUCUCUCUCUUCCAGUAGUAUUGAAAUUACUUUGUGUCAAUGCUGAGCACUUUUAUUUCUUUUGUAAAUUUCACUGUUUCUGUGACUUAGCCUGAAUUCAAGCAAACGAGUUUCAGUGUAUAAGCUGGUAAAGUUCUGGAUAAAGUUUUAUGAUGGCUUAUUGUAUUUUAUGAUUGUUGUCAUACACUGCCCUAGGAGCUAUUUGGAUGAAGGGUACCUUAGAUAAAGCAAAUUAUCCUAACUGAAAUUUCAUGUCUAGUCACCCUGGAGCCCAUCAAAUGUAACUUAGUGCCCCCUCAAGUGUACCCAGCAAGUGUUCUUCCACUUGUAUAUAUUUGUGGUACUUAGCUAGAAAUUCUUGCCUAUUGUACUCUGUCUUUCUGGACAUAAAUUCAAUCCUUCUGUCUUUUUGUUUCAGAUUGCACAGACCCUAUCAUGAAAACAACAGCCCCAUGUCUGCAAUUAGGUAAUGUUUGUUUAAGUGUGGGUAGAAGUGUAGGAAAUCUAUUUAAAGUACUCACAGUUCAUGAUUAUAUUGAUAUAUGCAGGCAGUGGAUGGGAACCCAGCCUGGUUGGAAGAAGCCUAGAUGAUGAGACAUUAUUGGUGAGCUUUAACCCAGCAAUGGAGUCAACCGAUUACUUCAUCCAUGUGACCAGCUUUGAAAAAGAUGGAGCAGAAUGUAAAAAGGCCACACAGAAAAUUUCAGAGGUAAUAAAGCUGUUCUCCAUCUUCCUCCCCACUUGAGACACUUAUUUUAGAAAGUGCUUGUAUUUAAUCCCACCUCAACAAAUACUAAGUUCCUACUUAUUUAUUCUACUUAUGUCUGCCCUUCAGUGCCUCUAGAUUAGAGGCAGCUAACUUCUUUCAGCCCAAGGACUUCAUUGCCUCAUGACAAUUUCAAGAGCUGCAUAGCAAUAAUGAGUGUGGUCAAAAAGUGGGUAUUGCAUUCUCACACACGCAUGCACAUACCACCAUUCACCAGAGCGUGCACACAUCCUAGCCAGAGCAGCUACCUGGCCAUCUAGGAACACACAGGACCCAGCAACUAUCCUGAAGUUCGUGAUAAGUUCUUCCUUAACUCUGAUUUCCUACUCUGAACCCACCUGUGCUCGGGAGGCAUCACUGGGAUAUUUGAGGCACAAUGUAUUUGAGAUGACAAAUGCUUCUCAUUUUUUUCUGUGCUGCUACUCAUUCUUUAUCCCGAGUUCAUUCAAGCUCUUUGUGAUUUUUACCUUGGAAUUCCACUUUGUCUCUUGGUUUCUGCAGAAGGAGUUGCUGCAGCCAAUGAACGUCACAGUCAAACUAGAGAGAAACUUGAAGAUUUGUUGCGAAUACACGGUGCAGGUAUGGUGAGCUGCUUUUCUUAUUUGAAUAAAGAAGGGAGUGGCCAUGCCAGUUCCACAUCACCCUGUCUGUGUGCUUCAAACCAAACACAAUUAUUUCUCCAGAGAUCAUCUUAUCUCUGGUUAUUACAAGUUAUACAACGUAACCAUAAUGAAUUAUUUUAACAGUGCUGAUACCUCACCAUUUCAUCUUCACUAGAGUAUCUUGAAUUGUGCCUGGAAAUGAACUGGCAACCAAUGCAACUGUUUGAAAACGAGUUACAUGAGUUCUAAAUGGAACCCUGGCCAGUAAUCUGUCUGCUGCAUUUUGGACCGGUCAAAGUUUCUCAGUCGUCUUCAAGGACAGCCCCACAUGAAGCACACUGCAAUAAUAUUUCCUGCCUUCUUGCUGUGAAUUUUGCACCCCAUCCUACUAAAAUCUCUGCUUAACAUGAAUGCAUACUGCUUUAUGUCCAAAACUGUAUCCAUUUGUAGGUUUUAUUUUCAGACACUACUUCACUCUCCCUACAUUUAGUAUGACACAGUCUGAAGAUGACAAAACAAAAUGCCUAAUCAAGGGGCCACAAGUAAAUAUGGUACUGUUGACUUGCUCUCCUUUCUAAAAGAUGUGUCCAUUACAAAAGCGAGCAAUUAAUUCCACACAAUAUGCAAUUUGCUCCAGAAACACCAAGUGUUAGAGUAUCAAAGAAACUGCAAAGGUGUUCUCUCCUGUCUUUUUCUUUCCAGAUUCAACCAUUCUUUGCACGUUGUGCCACAGAUUGUAUAAGGCAUUCCAUUUCCAUCCCAUGUCUCCCUACUACCUUGCCUUACGGGACAACAAAGAAAGGUGGUACGGACUUCAUUUUGAAUUUGUGUAGCUAAUUAACUGUUGCAAGAAUUUGUUACAAAACAAGCCAAAGACCUGUAGAGUCCCCAGUAAUCUGUACGCAAAUGUUGCAAUUAACAUAAAGCAGCAAAAAAUAAAUAAGGAAGACAAAGGUGGGUACAAAGGAAUUAAGAUACCCAAAGGUUGGCAGCUGUCCCCUCCCUUUUAAAGAUGGUACUUUAGUCUAAGAACCAUGUAAGCAUCAUCCACAGGAUAACAAUGGAAAUAAGGCAGAAAUCAUCCUUCCUCACAAGAGUAGCAGAUGUGGCUCUGCUGCUGCCUUUGUAUGAUGAAGUUAUAGAUUAGGGGCUGAAUGACUUACUCAGUAUCCAUCAUUGUCAUCAUCAUUAUCUGCUAACUUGUAAUGCCACUUUUCCACAAAAUUGUGCCCAAAGUGGCUAACUACAUAUCAAGUGAACAAUCAAUAUAACCAUUUUUAAAACAUUAGAAACAACUAGAAAUAAUAUCAAUAAAAACACCCCAAAAGAUAAAGUUUGGUUUAUUUGCAUUGUUUUGCACAAUCUAAUUUAACAGCCUAAAACUAAGCAGGAGAGAGAAUAAUGCCUAACCCAGAAAUGAAAAGUAGUGUUCAAAACAGUAAUUUGAAUCCAAACCUCAAACAGGAACCAACUGCAAAGAAUCUCUGGUCGGGUGAAGGGAACAAACCUUAUGAGAAAGUCAUAAAGCAGCUGGGCCUGCUCUACCCCUCUUGAAAGGAGUUGGAGAGGGAAGAUAAUUUCACUUAGAAUCAUAGAAUUGUAGAGUUGAAAGGGACCCUGAGGAUCAUCUAGUCCAAAUCCCUACAAUGCAGGAAUGUGCAACUGUCCUGUGUGGGGAUCGAAACUGCGACCUUGGCGUUAUCAGCACCACGCUCUAACCAAUUGAGCUCUCGAGAAGAUCAAUUCUCUUUCUGUUGAAAGCAUAUGUGGCUUCAGAUAUAUUGGGCUGUUUCUGCCAAUAAUUCUUGGCUCAGUAAAGAUGUAAGCAAGAAAUACCCUGUUAUUUUUUGGACCUGAGCAAAGUAAUUCUGCUGCUUAUUGCUAAUAGCUGGGGGGGGGGAGGUUGCACCCACCUCACUCCCAAGUGGUCUGGUAGUUUUGCAUGGUCUAAUUACUGCAGCAGUGGAAAUGUUCCUUACAUUAUGCUCUUCCUAUGUUGCAGAUAAUCUUUCUGUGGUGUUGCCCUGGGGCCUCACUCUCAUCUGCAUUUUAAUAGUUGGAUCAGCUGUCGCUUCAGUAAUUUGGCUUGCUCGAAGGCAAAAAGGUAUGAAAAAUGUCAGAAAUGUAAUGGGAAGAUUUGCCAGCUUGUUUCCCACAUUGUCACUCCACUCGUACCUUUCUGGAUACUUGGCCUUUAGCAUGCAACACAGAGAGAUAAAGUGACCCAAUUAGAAUCUCUUAUCCAGCCCAUGGCUCCUUACAUACUAUUACCUAUGGUUAGAUGUUGAGCCUGUGAAGUCAGUAUUUCAGCAUUUAGUUGUAUGGAUACCCCAAGUUCCAUAGGAACCAAAUUCCUAUGGUUUGUUGGUCUAGCCUGAUAAAUAAUUUUUGUAUUACACUUUAGAGAAGAAACAUAGCUCAGUAGUAGAUAGCAUGCAAAAGUAGCCCUGCAAAAACUCCAUACAAACUUUAAUUGCAAAGGGUUUGGGGGUAUUUUUUUGGUGGGGAGGGGUCGGGACAACAAUCAGGCUAGCGUAAGAAACAACAUACUAAAAGUUGAAAUAUCCACCUGCUGUUUUGUAUUUCCCUAGUUGUUAGAGUGGCCUUACCACAGGGUGGACCGGCAUCACAAGUAAUCCUCAAGAAUCUCAUGUGGCUGCUGAAACUUCAUCCCAGGCUCUGAGGCAGGGAAAGGCUAUGUUCCAAACAAACAGGAAAUAACUCAUUAACAGUGCAAGACACUCCAUAAAUAACUGAAGUCUAUAAAAAUGAAUAAGGGUGUCAGAGCACCUUUAUUCAUUUUUAUAGACAUCAGUUAUUUUUAGGCAUAGAUAUUGGGUCCUUAGAACUGCUGUCUCAGCUUAGUCUUCAAAAGAUACUGUCAUUCCUAGACCAAAUGUAUAUUCUAUCAGAUCUUCUUAGAUGUGUCUAUUGUUUUCUUUCCGUAUUAGUAACGCAUUCAGGAACAAGCAGCAGUGAUGGUACCCACCAUGGUAAGAGAACAUUUUGUUUCUAUUGAGUCAGUGCAGUUUGCAAUGUGGGAACCUGGGAUGAGAGAAUUUGAACUUGUAUUGUUGUAUGUACUAUUAGGAUAGCACAUGCGCAAGGUACAAAUAGAAAUUUGUGGCAAUAAAAUGUUUGGGGAAAUCUGUGGUGGUGAACUUGAAAAAGGGCCUGGGGAAGAUGAAAGGGCUGAAGGCAUGAAGUAGCAAGGAGUGAGCUAAUCUUAUUCCUAGUGACUUAAAGACUCUGCAUUGUCUCUUCUAGUUUUCUGUCACCUCUCUUGCAUAAUACCGUAUUUUUCGCCCUAUAGGACGCACCGUCCCAUAAGGCGCACCUAGUUUUUUGGGGGGGAAAUGAAGGGGAAAAAAUUAUUCCCCCCCCCCCAGGCGCACCGACCCCUCUCGCUCUCCAGGCUUCAGCGAAAGCCUGCAUUCGCCCCAUAGGACGCACACACAUUUCCCCUUCAUUUUUGGAGGGGAAAAAGUGCGUCCUAUAGGGCGAAAAAUACAGUAAGUCAUUUUCUUUAGUGUGUGGCGUACAUAAAAUUUUAACAGCUAAUGCUAGUCCAUAUUCUAAAACAAAUCUGAAUGUGCAAACAUAAGGUCCAACAACUCUUUAAGACUAGCAUCACCUCUACUUUUGUGAUCGCCAUCACCAAUACAAAUCUUAAUUAGUGGCUUUAUGUACAGAAAUGAAUUGAGAUGGUGGCAGGGGAAGUUAGCUCUUUUACUAUUUUUAUGUAUUAUGAUUAUAUUUUGGUGGUUAAAUGGUGAUAAGGCAUGGCUUACAUGUACUAAAAGGUCUUGAACACACAUGCCUGUAUUCUGUAUAGUUUACAAAGCAUAUUUGGUUCCAGAUUUUUGCAUUCUGGCUUUCCACAUGUGCAGUGCAGCAACUCAUGGUGGUUUUCUUUUUUAACAAAAAAUCUCUGUUUUCCAGAACUUCUGCGCAUGUCACAGUCUCCUCCACCCCUGAAGACUCGUAAGGUUUGGAUUGUGUAUUCUGCUGACCACAAGCUCUACGUAGACAUUGUGAUGAAGUUUGCUCAGUUCAUGAUCACAGUCUGUGGUACUGAGGUGGUCCUAGACUUGCUGGAUGAACGUCAAAUAUCAGAGAUGGGGGCUGUGCGCUGGCUGACACGGCAAAAACAGGAAAUGGAAGCACUCUCUUCAAAGAUCAUCAUCUUGUGUUCCCGGGGUACUCGAGCCAAGUGGCAGGCCAUGCUUGGGCGUGAGGAGUUAACUGUAUCUCUCAAGCAAGAUAACCUGCUACCAAUAGGGGAUAUGUUCACUCCAGCAUUGAAUCUGAUCCUACCAGACUUUAAACAGCCAGCUUGUUUUGGCAUGUACCUAGUCUGUUACUUUGAGGGCAUAAGCAGUGAAAGAGAUAUUCCAGAUCCAUUCAACGUCACCUCCAAGUACCAACUGAUGGACAAGUUUGAGGAAGUUUACUUCCUGAUUCAGGAUCUGGAGAAAUUUGAACCAGGGAGAAUACAUCAGAUUCCAGAGAUCUCACCUGAGAACUACGCUGAAAGCUUCAGUGGGAGACAACUGAAGGAGGCAGUGCAGAAGUUCCAGAAAUGGCAGACUGAGCACCCUGAUUGGUUUAAGAGAGAGAAUGCCUGCCCUGGGUAUGAAGAUGACCUUCAGUCUCUGAAUGGGGAUCUCUCUGAGGAAUUAAUCCCGACUGAGGGAGGAAUUCUGAAACGGCAACUGCUUCCACAGGAACCUGAUCCCAAUAGCUGUUGCUUGGUCAACCUCUUAGUCAAUGAAGAUGAGUCGGGAGCUUGUAGGCUGUUACCCCAGCUACUACCACAAGAGGAUCUAGCAUUCCAGACCCUGGUUGUUCCUGCUGAUGACUGCUCCCAGGUUCAGGUAGUAAUGCCAGUUGCCCUUACAGAAGAGACAGAGAUACUUAGCCAUCAACUGCUGACCAAUGAAGAUUUGCUAAAAAGAAUGCCCAUGAUGAAAACUAGCACCCCCAGGAGAAACAACGUCAUCCUUCAAGAAGAUCUGUCCUCAAACCCCCACCCCUUGCCAGUUGAUGUGAAGCAGCAGCUGGAGAGCUUAAUGCACUCUCUCUAUCAACAAAGCAUUUUGCCCUCUGAAACACCUCUCUGCCAAGAAGAUGUUAAUGAGCAACAGCAGCUGGUUUUUGAUGAGUCUUGCAAAGAUCAAAGACAGUCGGUGCAGUCAGACCAGGGUUACAUUUCCAGAUGUUCCCCUUUGCCUUCUGACAGCCCCCUGGAGGAAGAAGAGGAACAAGGGCAGGAAGGACAUGGGUCUGCUCAACACCUCUCCCCAGAUGUCUUGGACAGUCUAAAAAGUCUUCAGCAGCAGUUGCUUUUUCAGAAUAUUCAGCAGCACUUCAGCUAG